GCCUUGAAUAUCUAGCUUCAAGCAUUUGUCCAAGGCCUAUAUGAUGAGCCCCUUGGUGUAUUUUAAUGUUCAUCUUAUAGGCCCAGGAGAGUACGGCAGGCCUUACGUGUACACAGAGGAAGACAACAAGAGGAAGAGUUUCGGUUACCUUGGCAACGGGUUCAACGCACACGUCAGUGACAAGAUCUCAGUAGAAAGAGCGCUGCCGGACACCAGAGACCAACCAUGCAAGGAUAGACUUUACCCUUCCCGGCUGCCUAACGUCAGUGUGAUCAUCCCGUUCCAUAACGAACACUGGAGCACCCUGCUGCGGACCGUGCACGGAGUCAUCGGCAGGACCCCGCCACAUCUGCUCGGAGAGGUGAUUCUGGUAGACGACUUUAGUAGCAAAGAAAAUUGCGGAAGGCCACUGAAUGAGUAUAUGGCGACCUUCCCCCAAGUUCGCAUCUUGCGUAUGAAACAGCGCGAAGGACUGAUCAGAGCCAGGCUGCGGGGGGUCGAGGUUGCUAGGGGCAACGUACUGGUGUUCAUGGACGCCCACUGUGAGGUCAACGUCAACUGGUUACCGCCCCUGCUCGAACCUAUCAGCGUAUCCAUGACAACCGUCACCAUACCAACCAUUGACGUCAUCGACCAUGCCACAUUCGAGUACAAAGAGCAGCAAGGUGGUCCGAUGCGUGGCGUUUUUGAUUGGCAGCUGAACUACAAGCGAAUCCCUGUGCUGGACGGCAGAGGAAGAAAAGUCAGACCGACUCUACCAUUCAGCACCCCAGUCAUGCCAGGUGGAGUGUUCGCCAUAGACAAGGAAUUCUUCCACCACCUUGGAGGAUAUGACUCUGGGCUCGAGAUCUGGGGUGGCGAACAGUUUGAACUCUCGUUCAAAAUCUGGCAGUGUGGGGGCGUACUGCAAGAGGUGCCUUGCUCUCGAGUCGGCCAUGUCUUCCGCAAGUUCUCUCCAUACGCCACGGACAACGACGUGUUACAGAUACUCAAGAACUACAUGAGAGUCGCCGAAGUCUGGAUGGAUGACUACAGACAGUACUACUACAAGAGGAUGUUGCGUGGUCCCAAAAAUUUCACCAACUUUGACCUUGGGGACCUUUCCUCCCAGAAAGCAUUGCGACAGCGCUUGGGAUGCCGGGACUUUGGUUGGUUUAUGAGAGAGGUCGCCUCGGAUCUGGUGAAACACUACCCGCUACAGGACCCGGAUAUACUGCAACAAGGACGGAUCCAAAGUGUCGGUACUGGUCUGUGCCUGGACAGUGACGGGCUAAACUCUGAGGAUCCCGUGGUCCUGAGAAGAUGCAGAGACAGACAAGGGGCAUUUGGAUUGACAAAAACUUAUCCCAACCAGAAUUUCACGUAUACGGGACUGAAGGAAAUAGAAAUCACGGACCGCCAUCUUUGCUUCGACGUCGAUUCCUUGUCCCGGGAGAAGACUUUGGUUUUCUUGACGUGUCAUGGGGAGGGGGGCAACCAGAUGUGGGAAUAUCACAAGGUAACGGGGCUGCUGCGCCACCUUGUGAGCAAGCUUUGUAUAGCAGUUGACAACGGAUCGUAUCAACCGACCAUGAUGCCUUGCGACUACUCGUCAGAGUCACAACAAUGGAUAUUCAUUUCUUGAAGACUGUCGGUGCUUGUGUGUGUGUGUGUCUGUAUGUGUGUAUGUGUGUGUGUAUGUGUUUGGUGUGUUACCACUUUUAAUUAGUGCUAUUGAUCGUAGAAGACAUUCAAAAAUAUGUUUUGUUUCUAUAAUGGAAGUACCGUAGUUCAUUUCUCUUGCCAUUGCCUUUGCUGUUUUCUACAUUAAUAUUUGUAGGGAAUACGUUGAAGCCGGUGCAAUGGCCUAGUG